AUGUUCUGUAAGGGAAAAUGUGAAGAAGGAAACAUUUUGGUAGAAACAAAUGGAGACUCAGCUCAGAGCGGCAGAUACAGCAUCGAUUAUAAGGAAGGAACUUAUCCAGUAAGUGAAACAACUCUGUAUGUGAGCAUCACAAAGCUGACUAAGUCCGACGCAGGAACGUACCAAUGUGGUCUGGACAGAUCUGGUUCUGUCCUCGACGCAUACACGGACUUUGAGAUCAGAGUUAAAGAUGCUCCAACAUCUUCAAAACCAGAAGUGACUCCCCGACCUUUUCCAACAUCAGCCUCCACACUGACCCCCACUCAGAGUCUGAGCUCCGUACCUUCCUCAGCCUCCCCUGAACGCACCACGCAGCCUCAACAGGGACAGACAGCUUCAGAUGGACCAGAUGUGGUGCUGUACGUUGGUCUGAUUCUGCUCGCCAUGUUCAUCGUACUUUCGGUUGCGUUGCUGAUAUUCUGCAGGAAGAGAGCCAGGAAAGAACCUCCUAUGGAAACUGAGUAUGUUUCUGAUACAGAGACUAACCGACUGUAUGAGGAGAUCAGAGAGGUGGACAGAGGGAGCAGUUCUCCUCCUGCAGAAACAUCCACCAUUUACUCCUACGCCAAACCAAAGCAACCAAACGGAGUCGAAUCCACAGACGAGUACAGCUUGGUCAAUGCAGCCACUGCUCAGAAGGAAACUAAAGAUGACCCGGGUAAUAUCAACUACUCAGAGGUGGAUUAUUCCAACAGUGGCGCUGCCUCGCUCCACAGCGCCCCCUGUGGCUACACAGAUAACGCCCUCUACUCUACUCCUCGGGUAGCACAGAGCUCCGACGUUAGCCACGCAGAAGACGCUUCACCUUCUCUUUACUCCACUGUUUCUUAACAUCAGAUGUAGCUUCAAAUCUGUCAUUUCCAAAUGUACUUUCUCAGUGACCGACAGGUGAACACAAAGCUGUGUAAUUAGGCAUUUCAAAUGUAAUCUGGUAAAUAACUUAAAGGUCUCCUAUCAUGCAAAAUGCACUUUUGAUUGUCCUUUAGGGAACUCACUAAGUGUCAGAAAAUAAAACCCUCUCUUUUCCUCCGUACCCAAAUCUCUAAAAACGGGGGGCACAACGGAGCUGAUCCAGAUUUGCGUCCGAUAUGAUGUAAUAUCUAAAAAUGUGGACCCACGGCCCUUUCAGAAAGUUGCUAUCAGAAACAAUGCCCAACGUGUGUUGGACGUAAUAUGGUCUUUGUU